GAUAAACAUCAUAGCAGAGAAAGAAAACCCCACCAGACUGAACACACUGUUCCCCCAGCAGAUUGCACACAUGAUAAAGAAUGAAGAAAGUCAUUUUCACGCUCACACACACAUACACACACACACAGUCGCUUCACGCCAUCGGAAUCUCCGCCAGCUGCGCAGACUCCGCAGCCCCUCACACACCGUCACAUCAGGGUUUUCCGUCGGUUUGCGCGGAUUUAGUCGACUUAUUUAUUUCAUUACUCGUUAUAUAAUACACACCGACUUAAAACACACACUCGCACACACUGAUCACCUUCAACCAACUAUCGCAUCCGAUGCACAAGUCCUCCUUGAAGACAGACUUGAAGCGACAGCGCUGACCUGGAUACCCGCUGAGCCUGUGUCCCACACUGAGGCAGGCUUCUCCGAGCAGACGGACUCACAGAUACACCAGCCGACAGACAGCGGUGUCAGCAGCCCAUCAGCAGCCUGCAGCUCAAGGAGUAGCAGCAGCAUCCGACACUGCAUCCACACCAUCCUCCCCCAUCCUCCUCCUUCUCCUUCUCCUCCUCUUUGUCACAUCUGACAUGGCGGACCCCAGCCUCACAUCACCCUCUGGGACACCACUGCGCUCCCCCAACGCCUCCCUCACCCUCUCCUUCCCCUUCCUGAGGGAGGGGAGCCGGGUGUGGGAGGAAGGGAAAGAGCAACCACUGCCUCGGGAUCUGCCCAGCCCCCUGCCAACCAAACGCACCCGCACCUAUUCAGCUACAGUACGUGCCCACUCAGGUCCAGUGUUUAAGGGCAUGUGUAAGAACUUCUCCAGGUCACAAGGUCACGGCUUCAUUCGACCCUCCCAUGGCGGCGAAGACAUCUUUGUUCACAUCUCAGACAUCGAAGGCGAGUAUGUCCCAGUUGAGGGUGAUGAAGUCACAUACAAAGUGUGCCGGGUCCCGCCCAAAAACCUGAAGGUGCAGGCGGUGGAGGUGAAGAUCACACAUCUGAACCCAGGGACGAAACACGAGACCUGGUCUGGGCAGAUCAUCAGUUCGUAGGACCUGAGCUCUGGGCCUGGUCGGGUGGUGCUGGGCAGGGCUGGGUAGUGGGUGGUGAGGGGGUGAGGUGCUCUGGGACUGAUAACUCACAUUCUGUGCUUAAAACUUUUUUUAAAUACACGUUUUACCUACACAGCAUAGUGUUCAGCGUUAGUAUGUGCUAAUAAUUCAGUUGUAGGAGGCGACGGCAGACGUUUGUCCAUUGACAGAGUCUGUUUACUACACUGAUGAUUUUGCUGUGUAUGUGACACUGACCAUUUAUUCAUUGUUAGGGAAGUCACAUGUUUAUUUAUAUUUUUUCUUGAAAGUCAAAUUUCAGAGGUGGGGAAGAUAAAGUUACUCAAUCAAGUAUGUAAAAUAUGAAAAAUUGUGAAAACUGUGUAUGUAACUGUGGUGCAGAGCUUCAAACUGGGCCAUGACUGCUGAGUGAACAGUAUGUGUGAGGAGGAGAGGACAAAAGGCUGAAAUCAGUUUUACUUCCCUUCUUUGCAGCUGUUAUGCACUUAUUUACUUCACCAAAGUUUCCAGGAUCACAUGUUGGGUGCAAGCAUGGGUCAGAUGACUUGUUAUUGCAACCUACACUGUCUUUACAUCAAGUGCAGGUUGUGAAGAGAUGAGCUUAAACUUUGAAUUCAUCAGCAGAGAUAAAGACUGUAAAAGAAAGUAGUUUCAUGGCUUGAGUAGGGUUGAAAAGAUUUGAACGACUGUGUUGCUGAGAGAAAAAAGGAUGAAAUGGCAGGUUGACAGUUCUUAGAGCAGUAAAUAACAGCUAGAUUUGGAUUAGAAACCGAAAUGAAAUCUAUUCAAAAAUCCAAAGCCCUAGAUAAAAAUACUUCUAAGUGUGCACCCCUGACAGGACAUCUCAUGACCUCGUUUUAGUUUUCAGGGCACCAGUUUAGAAACAUGAUCUUUAGAUGGAAAAGAGGAUGUUUUAUUUUGAAAUUGAAAGGGGAAUGUACUGAGGGUUGAAGGCAGAGUAAAUAAGAAGUUUGGAACUCAGUUUGUGUUGAUAGAAAGAGCAAAGGUUGGACCAGGACUGAAGCAGAGAGACCUAAUAAAACCAUAUAUGGACAUUUCAAAAGCAUCAACAAAAUAUAUAUUUUACUGUGAAUGGAAAGCGACUGCAAGUAUCUCCCCUUGAAAAAAUACAUAUCCUUGGUUGUAUUGUCUUGUUUGUGGUUAUUUAUUUUAAUUAUUUAUUUGAUGAUUGGUUCAGAUAUGUGUGUGUCCUCAGAUUACAUGCUCUAUAUUUUGGGUAAUACAGUCAAAGCUUGCACUGGAGAGAUUUGAACUUCCACUCUGAAAACUGCCACAACUGUCAGGCUUCAGUCAAUUUGUCAAAUGAAAAUUCCUGUUUUAAAAGCGUCUGGAACCAAGAUUUAUUGAAAAACAGCUAUUUCUAAAUCUCUUUUUCUACAAUUAAAAAAACGUGUGAUUUAUUGAGCGCAGUCAUCGUGAUGGUGAACCACAUGACUUCAUAGUUGGUGCCAAUAGAGAUCAUUGUCACAAAAAUGUUUGUUGUUAUUCAGGUUAUAUACUGUACUGUAUGUCAUUUUCUAUUAUAUCUGUCUCAUUAUGCACUAUGCAUCUCGUCUCGUCUGUCAGUGUCACUGCCUGAAUCAGUUCAACAUGGACCUUUUGUUUGUUUCUGUCACAUCAAAGGGCACUUUCUCCUGUUGACGAACCAUUGUGGUGGUGAUUCCCUUGAUUAUGUCUGUUGAGCCUUGAAAGAUCAUUAAAGCAUUUUAAGAUUCA